GACAACAGCGCAUGAACUGACAGAAACUUGAAACGAACUGCUGUCUUCUGAUAACCGCUCGUACUGCGGCAAGAUCCUGUAACCUUUUUUUUAUUGAGACUGUUAAAUAAUUAAAAAAUCACUUAUGAUUUGCUCAUGAUAAUAAUGAUUUUUCUGCGAUAUAAGUGUGUAUUAGUAGUGUUUGUUUGUUGUGAUUGCCUGUAAGUACAAUAUAAACCAGCAAACUGGCGAGCGACAGUGGUGAUAGCAAGUCAAACAUGGCUUCUUCAGCACGAUUUAUACAAAGUCCCACCGCAUGGUGUCAGCGGAAAGUGAAUUUAAGACCGCAACAUCGGGGUGUACAUUUGGUAACAGAAGAAAUUUUAAGGCAGUUACCAGAAUUAAAUUCAUUUGUCAUUGGGUUGUGUCACAUUCAAAUACUACAUACUAGUGCAAGUUUAGCCUUGAAUGAAAGUUGGGAUCCAGAUGUAAGGGAUGAUAUGGAAAUGAUGCUAAAUAAAAUUGUUCCUGAGGGUUUACCAUACAGACAUUCUUGUGAAGGUCCUGAUGAUAUGCCUGCUCAUGUAAAAGCAUGCUUUCUCGGCUCCAACCUAACGAUACCAAUAACAGAGGGUAAAUUAAACCUUGGCACAUGGCAGGGCAUCUGGCUGUGCGAACAUCGGGACCACGCGGGCUCUCGAAAAUUGAUGGUCACUUUAAAUGGUUGCCUACGAGACAACGCCUGUACUCCUUUGUCCCCAGUGAGCCCGAUGGCAAGCACCAGCAGUUAGGGAAAGCACUCGGGACAUUCGCUGUCCAAGCACUGAUUGUCCCGAGUUAUAAAACUUAAAAUAUUAAAUUCACAUUUAGUGAACUCACACAGACUUGAAAUAAAUAAAAUAUUACGACAAUAUGUACAUAGUUGUACAUUGUAAUAUACUGUUUUCUUUUUAUAUAGAUAAGUGGGGUUAACAAUUAUUUUUACGUGGAACAGUGUUUUGAUUCUAACAUGAAUUAUCAGUAGCCGCACCUACAAUUAUUAAACAGUGCUUUCAGUUGAAAAAUUGUAGUUGUCAUUAACCUGAUAUUUAAAUCGUUUUUUGAUUGUUUAAUUGAAGUGGAAAUAAUAUAUAUGCCUGCCUCAAUCUAUUUCUUGAUUUAUACAGACUUUUCAUCUUUUAUCAUUUUUAUAUAAUAAAACUGUUAUCUGUAUUGAUUUAGUAAUUACUAGGUAUUAAUUUGAGUGUUUACUAUAAUGUUCACUUUCAAAAUGUGUAACAAAAUUUUGUUAAUUCACCUAACCUUGACAUAGAAUGAACUUGUUUUGUAAUGAUACUAUGUCCUAACAAUCUGUCAGGAAUGGUGAAUCAAGUAUAGCUAAGUUCUAAUUGGAAGCACGGUUUUCAAUAAUUUGAAAGCAAAUUUUGUUAAAUGCAUAUUCUGUAUUUGAUUUUAGUUUACUUAAUUUUGUCAUUGAUUCUAAAAUUUACAUUGUGUUUAAUGUACUUUUCAAUGACUUAUACAAAAUAUUUUUAUUUCAUAAUUGUUUCUCUAUUCACAUGGUUUAAUGUAUAUAGUAACUUAGUCUGUGACAGGGAGUAUUCAAUUUUAGUAUUUAAUUGAUUUUUAUUUAUGAAUUUUAUUGAUUUAGCUCAAUAUGUUCUUCAAAAAUAAUAUAAUUUAUUUUUCCAAGUGGGGAUAAUUUUUUAAAUUGUCAUGUUUUCAACUAGAAGGAGUUUUAUGACAAUUCUUUAAAUAUAAAACUCUAUAUUACUAGGAUGUGUUUGUCUGGAGCUCCUUGUCAUGUAUUUUCAUGUUGUAUGCAUGUUAUUCAAUAUAUUGAAUUUUAACUAAUUUACCAUUGGAGACCUUCAUAGAGGAUACACCAUUUAAUACUACAACAACAACACGCACAAUUAGGAUCGGAAUUAUAAAGUCUAGUUGACCGAAGGUUGAGAUUCAACUGUUAUUUGAAGCGGAAUUUACGUAUUAUAAAUGUUAACCAGGGAUUGAAUGGGUGGUUGAUUGUCGGUUGGAUCGACCAUAACGAAAGUUCAGUUUGAAGUGUAAUGAUGAUUCAUCUGAUACUCCGAUUACUCUUUUUUAUUUGUAAUUCAGCUUUUAAAAUUUAUAUAAUAUUGAAAUUACACGUGGAGACUUCAAACAACAAUAUACUUCAACCUUUAACUGACACACUCUCCACUGCAAAUGUCAGUUCACUUGGAAUUAGUUGGUUAAAAUUUUUCAGCAAAAACUACGGUUGGCUAACGGAUUGUUAUAAGGCUGUAUUUACAUAUGGGCUGAAUGGGCUAUAGUUCAGGGUGACAGAAUUCAGGAAGUAGCAAAUUUUGGUUAGUGGUUAGGCAAAUGCUACAAUUUUUGUAUGACAUAUAUGAUUGGAUACAUGCCUUUUUUUAUUUAUUAGUCUGAUGUUUGUGUUUUUAUGUACAUUCGUGAUAUUCCAUUUUAAUAUUUAAGUUAUUGUGCAAUUCCUCUUUUUUGACUUUCUUCUUAUGCUUUCUGAUUCGUCAAUUGAUUAAUAUUAAUAUUUUAUGGUAAAAACUAUAUCACAAACUAAUUUUCUGAACAAAAUUAACGCACUACUUUAAUUAAUCUAAAUAUUCACAAUAUAAACACAAAAUGAAAUUAAGUUCCAUUGAAAGAAUAAUUAAAACACAAAAUAUAACUAAGUUACAUUGGUAUAAUAAUGAAAACCUACAAAUUAAUCGAAUAUGACCUUAGCAUAACUUCAAUUUCCCUUUUUUUUUCAUAAAAGUUUGUUUUUGCUGGAAAUGCAUAAUGAGCUAUUAUACUUCCAAACUGACAAAAAAUUAAAAAAAAAAUCAAUAAAAGACAAUAAAUGCAUGUGGGUCAACCCCAAGUAAUCCCUCUUCUACUUCUAAUCACUGCAUUAUUGUGUCGCGACAUGAUUGAUAUGUUGCCGCCGAGACGAGAGAUUCUCGCCUCUCGUCUUGUCGAGAGAAGGCGAGACGAGACGAGUGACCCAUUUUCUCUCGUCUGACGAGACGAGAAAAGUACCCUCUCUCGUCGAGAUAUUCUCGUCUCUCUCGAGCAAAAAACGUUAUUUUUUUGAGAUUUUUGAAAUCUUCCCAAAUUCUUUGCAAAAAUAUAUACAAUGUUUAUAUUUGGAUCAACGGUUUUAGAGUUAUUCGACUGCAAACCUAUUAUUAUUAUGCCGUUGGAUAAAAUUAUUUGUAGUCAAAUAACUCGUUACAGGCAUACAUUUUUGAAAUUAUCACAAUAAAAAUGUUUGUGUAUUUACUAAUCGCGUUGUAAAAUUGUUUUCAAUUCUUGAGAUACGGGUGAUUUGUUAAAAACCUCUAAAAUUAAUUCCUUUCAACUUGAAAGGUUUUAAUUUUAGAACAACGUUCUUGAAAAAAAAAUCUUUGUAUUCUAUUAAUUUUUGUAAACUAUCGUUACCUUUUUUAUAUCACUUAUAAGUCUCCGAGAUAUCAUGGUCAACUUCAUGUUUUUAAAUACGGACCAAGAUUUUUUCAUAUUAAUUUUUGAGUACAUAAUAUUACCUAUUACCUCAAAUACAAUGAUGUACGUUUCGACACAAAUUAUACAUUAUCUGGAAAUUUUUUAAAAUAUUCUCAGUAGGCUUAUGGCUUUUAUAAAUAUUAUCUCAAUUUUUGCUUGAGAUAGAAUGAAAUUGAGGUAGAAAACAGAAAAAAUAUAAUACUUGAAGCAACCAUAGGCGUAGGUACUAAAAAUAUUUCUAAAAAUUUCCUGAUUAUCUAUAAUUUGUGUUGAAACGUACAUCAUUGUAGUUGCACACUCAAAUGACCACACUGUAUAAAUGCGAAAUAAGAAUACAGUGAAAAAUGCAAUCUUUUCAAAAAUAAUAAAACGCCAAAUUUAAUAAUUAAUUUUUAUCUAAACAGCCAGAAAAAAUAUUGCAACAGUUAACAUAAAGUUUACCAAUGAACUAAAGAAUAUAUUACAGAUAGGUACCUAGAUGCAAAAAAGGUUGAUGUAAUGAUGUAUAAAAAGUAACUUAGGCUGGAAAAAAACAUUUAUUACCUUAUUACCCAUAUUAUUAAUUAAUACUUAUACAUAUAUUAGGAACACUAAAAACUUGGAAAUUUAAAAUAAUCAUUUUUUAACAAAUAUAUUUUUCUCAAGGUUACACGAAUAUCAAGAGUUUAAACAUAACAAUAUUCUCGCUGACUCUGCUAUAAGACGGCUUCUAUGUUUUCUUAUGACGACUCCAGCUUUUGAAAACAGUCUUUCAGCAGGAACACUGGUAGCAGGUAUGGCUAAUAUAUCACUAGCCAUUCUAGCAAGAUCUGGAAAUAUUUCCUCAUGAUCACCCCACCAUUUCAAAAUAUUGGUAUCUCGGCCAGCUCUAUCUCCGUCUAUAUAUUUUUGAAAUUCGGCUCUUGUUACCUCUCUAUUGUUGAUGUUAAUGCUCAGUUUUUUAUAUAAGCCAGCCAUAAAUUCGUCACUAUUUGAAGAUGAAUACUUCUCUGUUUAUGUUUCCGUCGCAGUGGCGCUAGUAGCAGUUGGUUUUACGUAAAAUGAAUAGAAGAUUUCGUCAAAGAUUUCUUCAAAGAUCCUUCUUUAAUUUGUCUUCCCCACGGGGUCAAAUUAAAUGUCUCUAUUUUGUGCCUUUGAUCUAAUACUAACGCCGGACAAUAAACCCAUUUCGUUUUAUCAUAAUGCUUCAGCAUUUUGUCUCUCCCUGCUUGAAAUGCUUCUAUUAAGGUGUUUUCCACAUCUGUGGCUUCUAUAUCA